AUGAUCACUACCGCGGCAAUGGCAGCCUCAGUCAACGCAGAAUUUGAAAGGAUAGUGAAGUACGAGACUCUGUCGGAUGCCAUGCAGCUGCUACGAGAACUGGAAGGUGCUUCGGAUAAGGCUCAAUCAAUAAUCAGAGCGGGCGUGGAAGAGAACUAUACCACAAUAUUUACCGCGAGUGAUGCUCUGGUGAAGAUGGAGGGUCAGUUGAAGGAUACAUUGAAGAUGACGGAGGAUACUAUGGAUCACAUGAAGUUGUUGGAAAAGAAUUGCUCAACCUUUUCUACGGCUGAAUUCCAGGAACUCGGCAACUCUCUACGAACCAUACAGCGAGCGUUAUCGAUUCAAAAGGUCAGAGAAACUCCAGGCUUGGUCCGUAAGCUGUACUUACAAAAACAAUAUGAACGAGGUCUUAAAGUGAUUAGAGAGUGCCUGACUGAGCUCCCCGGGGAGCAACUGCCCGGCCAAGUGGAGGGUAAUGAACGAAAGGAGAGUAAUGAACGAAAGGAGAGUAAUGAACGAAAGGAGAGUAAUGAACAAAGGGAAGAUCAUAACGAUGACAACAGCGUUGACGAGAUUAUUCGGGAGCUUCGGGAGUUGGAGAAAAAUGGUAUGCAUAGCUUAUGCGAAUCUCUAUCUGUAUUCUGGAAGACUGCAGCUCAGAACCCGACUAGCUGGCUAGAAAAACCUGGCUUGAAGCACGAGGUCCAGAAACUAGUUCAGGACCCCACGGAACAGAGGCUGUUAAAUUGUUUACAAACACUGGGAAUCGAUGGGUACGUAUUAGAGAGCGCUCGUAUGUAUUCUUUCGCCCAGGUAAUCGAGGCUUUAACAAGCGGUAAUAUUCUUGAUGGCGACAGAUCCUGCCAUUUAGAGCAGCCAAUAGCGCAGCGUACGUUACAUGGCUAUUCCCAAUAUGCUGCAUUGUUAUACCUGGAAUCGGCGGAAACAACAUCAGAAUCCAGUGGAGGACCUGCAUCAAAUAUCGUUCUAUACUGUUUAAUCAGCCUCAGGAUUGUCUUGGACUUGCUGAAGUUGAAAUCCGUUAUGCCCGAAUCAUUGCAUGAUGAUUUCGAUUGCGAAACACGCGUGUUUGCCGCGCAAUUUAUUUGCAGAGAUGUGUUCAGCGCUUAUUGCAAGCGCCUGACAUUUGGCUCAUUUAGUACGUACCUAAUUAUCAGUAAUGUGCUGCCCAAGAUAUUCCCCGAAAUCGAUCGACUCAUGUCCACUGUUAACGCCUAUUCGUGUGCAAACAUGAUGUUCGAAAUUGUCAAGGAAUAUUCUUUCAGUUUGUUCGUGGACCUCCUGGACUUCGGCUGCGAGCACCGCCAUACGCUGGCCGACUCCUUCAUCCAAAACGCUUCUAUGUUGCAGCAUAAAAUCAUGGCAAUUCCAUUGAACAAAAAGCUGUUGGCGGAAACUCUGUAUUCAUACAUAAAGUUGUACUGGAUUGGCUGCGUCGUCGUGGGACAGGUGGCUGAAGUCCUGACCCCGGCCGAUUUGGCGGUGCAUCGGCACCAGUAUCGGCCUGGCAGUCCCGUACAACGGAGCGCCGUACAACGGAGCGCCGUACAACGGAGUGGCGCUACUAGUAACUCCAGCAGUCGGCGGUCCAGUCUUGUUGCGGCCCCUGACUGCGAAGCAUCCACCGGAACGGUCCCCUUAGCAACCGAAUUGCCAUUCCUUGAUCUUUUGAUUGCGCAGGCCCCUAUUAUUACAGAUGACAAUUACAAAAGCCCGAUUUUAGCCAACAUGCUUAACUUCAAGGCCGCUUUGGAGGAGCAGCUGGCCGUCUACGACCGACCGGUUGGACAAGACUCGACGGCAUCUCAGCACCGACGACAAUUGUCGCAUCGCAGACAGCCGUCGAUCAGAGAAAUGCCAAGCGACAAAGAAUCCGCUGCGGUUUUCUUAAGUGUACUGGAUGCGUUGGCAUCCAUGGAGGAAACGGCUAAGAAGGAGUCUUUGAAGUACGGGAUAGAAAGAUGGGGAUGUGAGACUUGGAAUCCGUUCAUUGAAAAAAUUCAUGGCAAUAUUCGGAUCAGUAUUCAGGCGUCUCUGACCACUCAGUCCUAUGCUCUCAUGUUAGAGAAGUUCCAGAACGCCAAGGCGACCUCAGUCAAUACAUUUAAUAGGUAUCAGCAUUCAAUAGUUGAACCUAUUAUUGCGUUGGUUCUGCAAAUCGGCUUUCAUCUGGCCGACAUGGAAGGGCCAGUAUUGCACCCUGGACUUAUGGAAUACCUGGGCAGCAAAUCUGAUCCGGAGCUGGCCAAUCUGUCUAUCGAGACAACCCUUAAAUGCAACGACAAAGCCAUCGAGACAGCAGCCAUGAAAACGUGCAGGCCCCAAAAAGGCCAGUGGAUUGAACCACUGGUUCUACGAUCCUUCCUUAGCGCCCUAAGCAGCCUGUUGGGCACGUCGUCCAAGGCGCUCACGACACAAGACCUGGACGACGAGGAAUUGGAAAAUUACCAAUGUAAUAUUCUCUGGACAAUAUGUCGACUCUCAAAAUUUCUCUUGAAGCCGUCCAUGAAACAGAAAGAAGUCUAUCCGAUGUUGGCGGGCAUUACGUACGGACUCUGCAAGAAGGCCAAGGGAUUCACACCAAACAUGAGUAGAUGCGUGUCGAGGGUUGCUAACCAUGUCGAGGGUUGCUAA